AUGAUUCACUUCACGCCAAUCGAGGAGAUUGCCGUGCCCGUCAUCACUCUCACGGGCAAAGAGAACCUCGUCAUUUGGAACAAUUCACUGCGCAGCCAUCUGCUCGUGUACGGCGUCCUCCACUUCCUGGAGAGACAGGGCACCAAGGAGCCCGACGACGCCCCGGCCGACGCCAAUGAAUACGAAGUCGCUGAGGUCGACGACGCGAAGGCGAAGUGGGCUAUGGACCGCUUCUUUGUCUGGGCUGUCCUUUACACCAGCCUGUCCAGCGAGGUGCUUGAGAAGCUGGAACUUAAGAACUGGCAUAUGAGGCUCAAGGACCCAAAAAUUUUCGGCAAAGACUUCAAUGUUGACGGUGUAACACGGAUCCCGCCUAGCGAGGCAAAUACGGACAUCGGCAGCUCAAGGUCAGGGUGCAAGGUGCUAAUGGAGAUGGACAAGGUCUCGGAAUGA